AGAAGGGGAAAGAAAUAAAAGCAACAGGCUGAAACCGAACCGUAUACUUAAUACGCGUGUGUGUAGCUCGCAAAAAAACAAGAAAAAUAUAAAUAAACAAAACUACAUUGCUACGUCAGAAGACUACAAACAAAAGAUAUGAACGCAGCGCUGACGUCGCCGCCAAGUGAUUUGCGUGCACUUCAAGGGGAGGAGAACUGCAUUCGAGGUUCCCAGCAGCAGCUCUCCGAUCUUUUCGAUCAGCAGUGCCUUGAGAUAGCCGCUCUCGAAGUGAACGUUCCGAUGUGGAAACCUUAUACACAUGUCUAAUUACACAAGCUAAUCCCGUAAACUAGCCCAGACUAAAUCAGCAUUAAAUCGGCAGCCUAAGAACUCGGAUACCAGUUAAAAACGGAGCGGAAGGAGGAAGUAGAUUUCGCAACUUAGGAUCUCGAUAUCAUGGGCUCGCGACGAGCUGGUUUCGUCCUGGACGCCAAGUCCAUGGGUCUGAAUACCUCGAGGCCGCCGUCACCGUCGCCACCAGCUUCUAGUACAAGAGUUCCCAAGGAAUCGCAGCUGGAGAAAGCCAAUACCUCCCAGGAAUCUUCCCUGGAAGCCACCUGCCGUUCCCAGUGCAAUGCCAGCACGGAGUCCCUGUCCACCGAUUCCUUCCGCUGUCUGCUCCAAAAGCUGCGGAAUGGCACCGGCGACGCCGGCGAGGUGAACUUCGAGCUGAACAACAUAUUCCUCAAGCGGCUGGACGAGAUCGACUGCCUGGAUGGCCAGGGAGGUGAUGCAAUGUACACCUCCGAGCUGCGUCUGGUGACCUUCCAGGAAUGGGUUGAGUUCCUGCUCCACGUGAACAACGUGAUCCUGGGCAACAUGUCCGAUUUGGAGGAGGAGGCCUACGGCAAGAUCGUGGCCUGCGUGAACUCGGUCCAAGGAGAACAGCAACAGGCGCUGGAUGAGAAUCGCAAGCUGCGCAGGGAUCUGUGUGCCCUGAUCAAACUGGUGCAGACUGCCCACAACCACAAUAGGUGGGACAAGAAGCACCUGACCCUGGAGACCCUAACCCCGAAUCAGCUUUUUGGCGUGGCCGAGGACCAGACGGUGCCGGAAAGCGAGAGCGAGAAGAUGGCCGAGUGCAUGAAGUCUUUGGUCAACGAGAUGGCCGCCAAGCAUGACGAGCUCCUUCACUUGAAGUCGCAGAUUGGAGCCUUGGAUGAAGUGAUCCUCACGGCCAGGCAGAAGCUGCUCCUCAAGGAUCAGUGCAUAGCGCAGCUCAAUCAGCAGCUGCAAGAGAUCACCGAGUGCUUUGCCACCAUGUCGGACAAUACGCUCUGCCAAGGACACUCUGCGUAUGCGAAUGCCACCAAGGAUUUGGAAGGCGGUCCGUUGGAUUUCGAGGAUUCCCCCAGCGAUACGAUAGCCAACGAACUGCUGGAGAAUCUCUCGAUACAGGACAACCAGGAGAGCGAGAUGCUCAGGCUCCUGAACAGCGAACUCAACGAGCUCUUCGAUCUGAACCACAAAAAGGACUACCAGGCCAUGGAAUCUGGCCGUAAACGCCUCUCCUGCUUCUUCGAAAAGUUGUCCACCGAACGCGAUGAUACGGUGAAAAAACUAGAGUGCAUCCGCAGUCACCUGAGAAUCCUUCAAACGGACAUAGACCAAUCCUGCCUGAACACUUUUAGUUCCGGAACCACCGGUCCCGGUGAUCCUGACACCCAGAUGAUGGAGGCCCUGCGACGUCGUAUGCACAGCCUCGGCCAAAGCAAUCGGGAAUUGCACGGAAAGUACCAGCGACUGGAUACCGAGUCAAAAAAGCUGCAGGCCAGGAUUGAAUCGGAAAACAGCUUUAGUCAGAGGAAUUCCGAUAUUCUGAAGGAGAUUGCCGAAAUGAUUUGCAAAAUGGGUACCGUGGAGUUCUCCUACAACGAAAUUUACGAUGAAUCCUCGACGGAAAACCCUUUCUGCAUAGCCAUCAUGGAAAUGUUCGAGCAGAGAUCCCAGCAGGAGCGGAAACAAAUGGCAUGUAACGAACACCUCGCCUGCCAAAUCCAUGGACUGCAGGGUAAUCUGAAGGAUCGGGAUAAUCAGAUCGACCAGCUGCAGUCCAUGAUCAAGAGCUACUCCGAUUUCAGCGAAAACAAUCGACUCAAAGGGGAGAUACACGAACUUAAACAGAAGAAUAGUGACCUUUCUCGCCAGUUGCGGGAAAUAUCCACUUUGCUGUCCAACCAAGAAGAGCAACGCGUGGAGCUGUGCAGCAAAUACGAAAGCCUGAUGAGCAGCUUCGAGGAUCAGUGCCAGGAGCUCAAGGGAGCCAAGAGAAGAGUACAGAGCCUGCAGACGAAACUGGAUCAGGUGGAGCAGCUGCAGGAUGAGCUGCGAACGGAGCGCAAAAUGCUGCGUGAGGAGGUGAUCGCCCUGAAGGAGAAGGAGGCCGUUUCCACGGGUCGCGAGCGGGCACUUUAUGAGCAGCAGAAGAAUGGCCAUUUGGAGCUGGACAAGCUGCGCCAGAUGAUUCGGGAGCUGCAGGCUCAGAUGCGGAUGGAGAGCAGCCAGCACAGCAAAAAUGUACAGCGGAUAGAGGAGACCAGAGAUUCUAUGAGAGCAGAGUUACAUGACUAUCGCACCAAGAACCAGCAAAUGGAGAUCCGUCUGAAGCAGCAGACAGAGGUCAAUCGGCAGCAGGACCAGAUCAUCGAAUCCUUUCGCAAGUGGCGGGAUGCCCAGGUCAGGGCCGACGAUGCAGUGCGUCAGUGUGCCAAGCAGUCCGAAGAGCACAUCCACAUGCUGCUCGAGGAGAACCAGGCGCUGGCCGAGGACUAUCGCUCGCUCUUCCGCGAUCACACGCUCCUGGAGAAGGAGAUGUUCCGGGUCAAGCAGGCGGUCAACUAUGCGUCCAGCUCCUCGAUGGGUUGUCCACCGACGCGGAUGAAUCCUGAUUCGGGAAACGAUAUGAACAGGCGACUGCAGAAUUUGACCAGCACCUCCCAGCGUAUUUCAAACCAGAACAGGAACCUCAACAUGAAUUCUCGAAGUCGUCCGGUGGCCCAAUCCACAAUGAGGCAAACAGGAUCCUCGGAAGAUCUGUCGUAAGGCAGGAGACGUAACCAGGAUUGUCAUGCCCCCUCCCUCCGUCCAUUUUAAACUUAAUUUUCACCCUAAAUCCCUAGGCCAACAAAUAUUUUCGAGGCGCGUAAUUUGUAAAUUAUCUUUGUAAAUUGUGGUAGAAAAUAAAU